AUGGCAGAGACCAGUAUUUCAGUGUCUCAGGACCAGUUCAUGUGUCCAGUCUGUGUGGAUCUUCUUACCGAUCCUGUGACAAUUCCCUGUGGACACAGUUACUGCAUAGACUGCAUUAAUGGCUGCUGGGAUCAGGAAGAUCAGAAUCAGAGGGGAGUUCACACCUGUCCCAAGUGCAGACAGACCUUCAGUCCGAGACCUGCUCUUUGUAAAAACACCAUUUUGGCUGAAAUGGUGGAAAAACUGAAAACAACAAGACCCCAGGCUGCUGCUGCUGCCGAUGCCCCUCCUCCUGCUCGAUGUUCCGGCGAACCCGGAGACGUGGAGUGCGACUCCUGCAUUGGAAAGAAGGAAAAAGCCGUCAAGUCCUGUCUGACAUGCCUGGUUUCGUUCUGUCCGACUCACCUCCAGCCUCACCUUGAGUCACCUGCCUUCCAGAGACACACGCUGGUCAAAGCCUCUGCACACCUACAGGACCAGAUCUGCUCCACUCACAACCGAGCCAUAGAGCUUUGGUGUGAAACUGACCAACAGUUCUUGUGUCAUUUGUGUAAGCAGGAUGCACACAGCAACCAUAAAACAGUAUCAGUGACAGCAGGGCGGAUCGAAACAGUGAAGUAUCUGGAGGAGAUUCAGAGAAAAAUUCAGCAGAGAAUCCAGGAGAGAGAGCAGGAGGUGCAGGAGCUGAGACAGGCUGUGGAGUCUAUCAGGCGCUCAGCACAGGCAGCAGUGGAGGACAGUGAGAAGAUCUUUACCGAGCUGAUGUGCUCCGUUGAGAGGAGGCGUUAUGAGGUGACAGAGCAGAUCAGAGAUCAGGAGAGGAGUGAACUGAAUCGAACUGAAGGAAUCCUGAAGCGGCUGGAGCAGGAGAUUGCUGAUCUGAGGAAGAGAGACACUGAGCUGGAGCAGCUUUCACACACAGAGGAUCACAUGCAUUUCUUCCAGGUGACAGCAGAGGAAAAAAAAGUUCCCUCCAGAACAAUGCUGAUUGGCUGCGUGAGCCAGGACUUACCCAGCACCACUGUCAGUCCACACCUCUCUUUUGAGGAUGUAGGAAAAUCUGUCUCCCUGCUGAGAGAGCGACUGGAGGAUUUCUGUAAGGAGGAGUUUGGACGGUUUUCCACUAAAGAUUCCUAUGAGCUCACGCUGGAUCCUGACACAGCCUAUAAAUACCUCCGUCUGUCUGAGGGAAACACGGUGGUGACAAGCACCGACACUGACCAGCAACACCCUGACUGUCCUGAGAGAUUUAAUGGGAGGGCUCAGGUGUUGUGCAGAGAGAGCGUGCCCGCACGCUGUUACUGGGAGGUUGAGUGGAGUGGGAAUAAUGGGGUUUAUAUAGCGGUGUCGUAUAAAAGCAUCAGGAGGAGAGGACAGGCUGGCGAGUGUGUGUUUGGAUAUAACGAUAAGUCCUGGAGUUUGUUCUGCUGUUCGUCCCGUUAUGUGUUCUGGCACAAGUUUCAGGAGACUAGAUUAGACGUACAGCCCAGUCCCUCCAGAAUAGGAGUGUACGUGGACCACGGGGCGGGAACUCUCGCCUUCUACAGCAUCCUAACAAACCAAAACAAAAAGUUUCUCCUCCACAGAGUCCAGACCACGUUUACCGCACCCCUUUACGCUGGGUUUGGUCUGGAUGCGAACUCCGAAGUGAAAAUAUGUCACUUCGUGUGCUACGAUGUGAAUGAGUCUGGUGCUCUGCUUUAUAAAGGAUUUUGCAUUAUUGCACUGGUUGUAAAUAAACAGAGCGACACAGACCGUCAGCAGAAGUUUAAGAGUCGUCUGCACUGGGACAGUCAGAAUGGACUGUUCACACUGUCAGACCUGAAGAUGGAAGAUUCUGGACUUUAUGUUGUUGAGAAUAAGGAGGCAGAGAAUGUGUUUGACCUGACAGUGUACAAUGUGGAAGACGGUGACAAUCAUGGUGGAUGGUUUGAGGAGCUGGGCUCUGACUUGAGGAGUGACUUCCUUUGGGUGAAUGAGUCUGGGGCUCUGCAUUAUAAAGGACUGGGUACUAUUGCACUGGUUUUAAAUAGACAGAGUAACACAGACAUUGGACCGAAGUUUAAGAGUCGUCUGCACUGGGACAGUCAGAAUGGACUCUUCACACUGUCAGACCUGAAGAUGGAAGAUUCUGGACUUUAUGUUACUGAGAAUAAGGAGCGAGAGAAUGCGUUUGACCUGACAGUGUACAGUCAUAAUCGUAUAAAGUCCAGAAUCUUCCGUCAUCAGGUGCGAGAGAUUGAACAGUCCAGUUUGACGGUCCCAGUGCAGGCGAUUCUCAAACUCCUGACGAAAGGCGCCGAGGACCUGGAGAUCCUGGGAAUGCUGGGAUCCGUGACCGCUUCUGUGACCAUUCCGGGUUUGGAUUUCCGUACCUCCAGACCUGUUCCCUGUGUCUCUGUCCCAGUAGGGGAGGUUUUGUGA